AUGGCUUCCGGCGCUGUUGGCGGUCCCAUUUGGGUUCGAAAAAUGCGCACCCUGUUUCGUCGUCUGGACGUGCACGGAAAUGGUUUUCUGAUGGUGGACGAUUUGCUUGCAGUGGCUAGCGGAAUAUUCAGCGUCUAUCCGAAAAUGGAAGCGUACAAAAAUGAUCUGGUUGUAAAAACCUUGGUCUAUCUGUGGUACAAUGUCAUAUGCUCGCACCUCAAACGACAAGAGGCCACCAUGGCGACUGUGAAUGAGGCCAAAUUUGUAGAGAACAUGCAGAAAGCUUUGCAACAAGGUCCAUUCAUAGAUCAAUUCUACGAGUUGUUCACCGAUCCCCUGUUCGAGGCCAUGGAUCAAGACGCGGACAAGAAAAUCACCGGACCCGAAUUUCACACGCUCAUGGUCAGUUUUGCCUCCGUCGAUCGUGAUGUGGACACAAUAUUCAAAUUACGCUGUGACGGAAACAAAUGGGCACUGGACGCGUUUCGACAAACCUUCAUGGAGUUUUUCACCAGUGAUGAGGCCAAGAGUAAAAUCAAUCGGUUAUGGGGUCCGCUGCUCGAGUACAAACGGGCCGAGGAUUACGGAACCAUCGAUUGCGGUCCGGUAUGGGAGGGCAAAAUGCGAACCAUGUUUCGUCGAUUCGAUGUGGGUGAAAGCAUGAAGCUUCGAUGUCAUGAUCUACUCAAUAUCGGCCAAUUCCUGAUCCAACGAAAUCAUAUGGAUCGAAAAAAGGCGGAUAAUGUUUUACGAAACAUGUUGCAUGUCUGGGUCAAAUAUCUGGCCGUGGAUAAGAGUGGUGAACGUCUGGACGAGAUUCGCGAGAUCGAAUUCAUUCACAAUCUGCGUGACAUGAUCAACGGUGACUAUCGUCACGAGAUCGACCAAUUCGGUUGGACCUUCUUCAAGGCACUCGAAGUAGACAAUAGUGGUUAUAUCACGCAGGCAGCAUAUCGGAACCUGCAAGAAGCGUGGCAUGUGGGUCGCGAUGAGGCCGAGGGCAUGUUCAAGAUUAUUGACACCAAUAAGGAUGGCAAGAUCAGCAGCGAUGAAUUCCUCACCGCGUGGAAUGAUUACUUUUUGAGUGAGGAUCCACACAGUCCGUACCGCAUGUUCUUCGGCCCGGUCAUCUCUCGACAAACGGAAGCUAAGUAA